AUUUUUUACUCUUUUGUUUGUCCGCGUCUCAAACCAACCCGACAGAGAAAGGGUUUUUCUCCUCCUCCUCCAAUUUUUUCUUCAGUUUCAAAUUGACCCAGAAUCAAUUUCUUGAUUCUUUGAAGAUCGAUUGCUUAUUCAGGCAUAAAAUAUUGAGCUCCCCCGUAAACUUAUAACUCAGGAACUUGUUGAUUUUUCAAUCAAGAUAAGAUUUUUUAUUUUCUUGUGUUAGAAUUUGUGUUUUUUUACUUUUUAAGUUGAAAUAUUGUUUUGAAGUUGAAUUUGUGUUUUUUUGCUUUUUGUAGGAGCUGAAUGCAUUGAAGUGAUAGUGUGUUCAAAUUUUGGUCGUAUUAGUUGAAGCAAUGGAGAUACAAACAUCAGGAAAACCGAUCGAUUCAUUGUUGGAGAAGGUUCUUUGUAUGAACAUCCUUUCUUCAGAUUAUUUUAAAGAGCUUUUUAGAUUGAAGACUUACCAUGAAGUUAUCGAUGAGAUAUAUAAUCAAGUUGAUCAUGUAGAGCCAUGGAUGACUGGGAAUUGUAGGGGACCAUCAACAGCAUUUUGCCUUCUGUACAAGUUCUUCACAAUGAAGCUUACUGUUAAACAAAUGCACGGUCUCUUGAAACACCAAGAUUCGCCUUAUAUUAGAGCUGUUGGAUUUCUGUACUUGCGAUAUGCUGCUGAUCCAAAAACUUUAUGGGGCUGGUUUGAGCCAUAUGUCACAGAUGAUGAGGAAUUUUCUCCUGGAUCGAACGGCCGAAUGACAACUAUGGGUGUCUAUGUACGUGAUCUACUUCUUGGCCAGUACUACUUCGAUACCCUGUUCCCGCGGACUCCUGUGCCAAUAAUGAGGCAGAUUGUUUCUAACCUUGAGCGAAUGAAACUCCCCACGAAACACGCUGGUGUUACUGGGGAAACCACCCGUCAUGGAUCGGAUGACACUGCACGUCGACCACCUUCUGUGAAAGCUGCCCUUUCAGUCUCUUUCGGCCAACGUGCUCCUCACCGAGCUUCAACGAGAGAUUCGUCACCAGUUCGCCGUACAUUGCCACCACCUCAAGAUAGAGACGAGGCACGAAAAUCUCCCAGCAAUUAUAGAAGCCGGAGCCAUGACUCUGAUCGGGGUCGUUCUGACAAAGGCAGUGACCGAGAUCGUUCCGACAGAGACAGAGAUCGUUCUGACAGAGAUAGAGACAGAGAUCGUUCUGAUAGAGAUAGAGGUCGAGAUCGAGACCAUUCAGAAAGAGGGAGAUCCCGAGAUCGUGACCGUUAUGACAGAGAUAGGGAGCGAGACCGGGAUGUUGACAGAGACAGGAGAUACGACUAUGAGCGACGUGGGAGUCAGAGCCGUAGAGAAGACGAUAACAGGUCUUCUAGGUAUGCAGAAAGAGAAAGUAGCAGCAGGCAUCGGAGAUCCGACUCACAUGGCAGUAGAAGCAGAAGUAGAAGCAGAAGUAGAAGCAGAAGUCGGAGUUUGCAGGUUCCACCUAACAAUCGCCAUUCAGAAUCUUCUCUAAAAGUAGAAGAAAAUAAGGAAAAAAAUUCAGUUUCGAGCAAUCUAGCCAAGUUGAGGGAUUUAUAUGGAGAUACAAGUGCUCAGAGAGGAAGUGAAAGUGGAACAGAACGGCGUGCAAAAGAUAGCAGUAACGAAGAGGUUUUCAAGCUUGGUGGUUCUACUUGGAGGUGAUGAUUGCACAUCUGUGGGUCACAGUAUGUCCAAAUCGGCAGCUGUCUUUGUAUUUCUACAAUGUACUGGUCAUUUUAUAUUUGUUUUGUUUUGUUUAAGACUUGGAUAUCUAAUAAGGAACUGGUUGAUCUUAAUUAUUUAGUUUAACUGAAGGUUUCUGAAUUCCUAUACAACCUAGAGGUUUAAUUCC